CUCUGUGUACAGAUCACAGUUAAUCAUCUUAAUUCGUGUUAUUUUUCUCUGUUAGUCCUUGUAUUGUCAGUCCGAUAUCGAUACAUAGUAUAGUCUUUUUGUCGAACCAGGCUACACAGGGUGACAGGGCUCUACCGAUCAGUAUGUAGUAUGUGAUGCUAACCUGUGGCAUACUCACUGAGUCAUAACGUACUGAACCUACAAACUUACUACAACGUACAUAUACAUGCUGACGUAGUAAAAUCCUGAAUCAUGGCAAUAUACUGUGUUAUAUAUAGAAGUUGGGACUAACCACUAGCCUAGCAGGUACAAUGGACCCGCCUGUUAUCGUUAUUGACAAUGGCUCCAGUGCAUGUAGAGUUGGACUGGCCGGAGAUCUUAGUCCGAUCACGUUUCCCUCUAUUGUUGGAAGACCUAGACGUAAGGGCAUAGAAGGCAUACAGGACGGCGAUAUUAUCAUUGGUGAUCAGGCAAACAAAAGAAGAGGAAUCCUUACCCUCAAGUACCCCAUCGAACACGGUAUCGUCACAAACUGGGACGACAUGGAGAAGAUCUGGCAUCAUACCUUCUACAACGAGCUCCGUGUGGCUCCAGAGGAGCACCCCGUCCUCCUGACAGAGGCUCCCCUCAACCCCAAGGCCAACAGGGAAAAGGUGACACAGAUCAUGUUUGAAACUUUCAACUGUCCCGCUAUGUACUUGGCCAAUCAGGCAGUCUUGUCACUGUACGCAUGUGGUCUUACUACGGGUGUUGUGAUAGACGCUGGAGCUGGUACAACCUACAUAGUUCCCAUAUAUGAAGAAUGUGCUCUUCCAUAUACCAUUCCGAAAGUUGAUCUUUCUGGACGUGACCUCACAGACUACCUCAUGAAAAUCCUCACCGAGCGUGGCUACUCAUUCACAACCACAGCCGAGAGAGAAAUUGUUAGAGAUAUCAAAGAGAAGUUAUGUUAUGUUGCUUUGGAUUUUAAACAUGAAAUGUCAUCUGUGUCAACACCCCAAGAAAGCUACACCCUUCCUAAUGGCGAAAUAAUCAGAAUCGACCGUGAGAGAUUCCAAUGUCCAGAAUGUCUCUUUAACCCGUCUCUGAUGGGACGGGAAUGUAAUGGUAUUCAUGAGGCGCUUUACUACAGUAUCAUGAAAUGUAAUAAGGAUCUGACAGCCGACAUGUUUGGUAAUGUUGUACUUUCCGGGGGUACCUCUCUUCUGCCUGGUUUUGACUCUCGUUUACAGAAGGAGUUAAACAUUUUAGCUCCGACCGGUAUGACUUGUCGAGUAACUGGUCCACCAGACAAACGAACCAGUGCUUGGUUAGGGGGUUCUCUGGUGGCGUCACUACCAACCUUCCCUAUUAAGUGCAUCAGUAAGGAAGACUACGACGAGUUUGGACCAAGUCUUGUCCACAAAAAGUGUUUCUAAGAAUUCCGUUGAUUCAUUCCGUUUGUUGUUUAGUAUAUUAGCGAAAACUUUAAUACAGGUACAUAUUGGUAGGAAAUGGCAAUGGCUGAGGUACCCGAUUGCUAUCUUAUAUUAUUUGAAAUCACCUAUGUACAAAACUCGCUAGUCUA